AUGGACGUGAGCACUGGAGACCGUGCAGAGCCGCACAGGAGUGCAGAGCGACCUCCUGAGUUACGGGUUGCGGGGGCCUGGCGGGCAGCGGCAAAGCCCCCUGGCGGCUGUGCCAUGCUGCCCUCUGGUGGACGCGAGCUGGAACUCAGUCUCCACCUUCCGAGCCCGCCUGACUUCUGUAAACUCUGCCGCUGGGCGGAGACGCCACCCGCUGGGCGGCCAGGGGGCUCAGGAAAGGCAGACCUGUCCUUCCUCUCAGCUGGGCGGCCAGGGGGCUCAGGAAAGGCAGACCUGUCCUUCCUCUCGGCUCCCAAGUAA